CAGGGCUGGCCAGGCCGGGGGAGGGAAGCGAUGGGAAGGGGAGGUCGCCCCCUCCUCUCCCUCUCUGUGUUUUUUUUGCAGGUGUGUCAAUUUUAAUUCUGCCCAGUAGGUGGGACUUGGUGACUUUCGCACCGUUUUUGUUAUUUAUUUAUUUCCCCGGCUGCCUCCCCAGCCUCCCGUUGCAAUCCUCCGGAGCGGCUGGCGGGGAGCGGCGGGCGGCGGGCGCAGGGCGGCCGGGCCAGCAUGCAUCCCCGCCCGCUGCCGCUGCCGCUACCGUAGCGGGAAUUACAGCCUCUCCGAGCCAGCUGCCAGCAUGAUUUCAUCUGCUGGAGGAUUUUUGCAUCUGAUCGCUUGAGGUUUUGUUGGUUUUUUUUUGGUUUUUUGUUUUUUUUUUUUCCUCCCUCUGUCUUUGUUUCCUUCCCCCUUUCCCCCCCUUCCCCUCCCUCCAUCCCCCCUUUCCUCCUCCUCCUCUUUUUUAGAAGCAGCAAUCGGAGAUGGAUGUCUCUCUUUGCCCUACCAAGUGCACUUUCUGGAGGGUAUUUUUGCUCUGGAGCAUUUGGGGAGACUAUCUGCUUUCGGUGCUGGCUUGCCCUGCUAAUUGUCUUUGCAGCAAGACAGACAUCAAUUGCAAGAAACCGGAUGAUGGGAACCUCUUCCCUCUCUUGGAAGGGCAGGAUUCAGGCAGCAGCAAUGGCAACACGAGCAUCAAUAUCACGGACAUCUCAAGGAACAUCACUUCCAUACACAUAGAGAACUGGAAGAACUUGCAGACGCUGAAUGCUGUUGACAUGGAGCUGUACACAGGACUCCAGAGGCUGACAAUCAGGAACUCAGGACUACGAAACAUCCAGCCACGCGCCUUUGCCAAGAACCCUCACCUGCGCUACAUAGACCUCUCUGGGAACCGGCUCACUACUCUGUCAUGGCAACUCUUCCAGACCCUGCGACUCUUUGAACUGAGACUAGAGAGGAACCUUUUUAACUGCAGCUGCGACAUCCGCUGGAUCCAGCUCUGGCAGGAGAAGGGCGAGGCGAACCUGCAGUACCAGGAGCUCUACUGCAUGAACAUGGAUGCAGCCAUCAUCCCUUUGCAGGAGAUGAACAUCACCCAGUGCGACCUCCCUGAGAUCAGUGUGAGCCAUGUGAACCUGACGGUGCGAGAAGGGGAGAACGCUGUCAUCACCUGCAAUGGCUCAGGCUCGCCGCUGCCCGAUGUCGACUGGACGGUGGCUGAUCUCCACUCCAUCAACACACACCAGACCAACCUCAACUGGACCAAUGUUCAUGCCAUCAAUUUGACCUUGGUGAAUGUCACCAGUGAGGACAACGGGUUCCUGCUUACCUGCAUUGCCGAGAACGUGGUGGGGAUGAGCAAUGCCAGCGUACUGCUCACUGUCUACUAUCCCCCUCGCAUCCUAACUCUGGAGGAGCCUGUGCUACACCUGGAGCACUGCAUUGCAUUUGCGGUGCAUGGGAACCCAGCUCCCACCCUUCACUGGCUGCACAACGGCCAAGUCCUCCGGGAGACAGAGAUCAUCCACAUGGAGUUUUACCAACAAGGGGAAGUAUCUGAGGGUUGCCUGCUCUUCAACAAACCCACUCACUACAAUAAUGGCAACUACACGAUUGUGGCCACCAACCAGCUGGGCUCAGCCAACCAAACCAUCAAAGGACACUUCCUUGAAAAACCCUUUCCAGAGAGUACGGACAACUUUGUCUCAAUCGGUGAUUAUGAAGUGAGUCCCACCCCACCCAUCACUGUGACCCACAAACCAGAGGAGGACACUUUUGGGGUUUCCAUAGCGGUUGGGCUGGCAGCUUUUGCUUGUGUCCUCUUGGUCGUCCUCUUUAUUAUGAUCAACAAGUAUGGCCGGCGGUCCAAGUUUGGGAUGAAAGGUCCUGUGGCAGUGAUCAGCGGAGAGGAGGAUUCAGCCAGUCCCCUCCACCACAUCAACCAUGGCAUCACAACGCCCUCGUCCCUGGAUGCUGGCCCGGACACGGUGGUGAUCGGCAUGACCCGCAUUCCCGUCAUCGAGAACCCCCAGUACUUCCGACAAGGUCACAACUGCCACAAGCCAGACACGUAUGUCCAGCAUAUUAAGAGGAGAGACAUCGUUUUGAAGAGGGAGCUGGGAGAAGGUGCCUUUGGGAAGGUGUUCUUGGCCGAGUGUUACAACCUCAGCCCCACCAAUGACAAAAUGCUGGUGGCAGUGAAGGCGCUGAAAGACCCCACCUUGGCAGCCCGUAAGGAUUUCCAGAGGGAGGCAGAGCUGCUCACCAACCUGCAGCAUGAACACAUUGUCAAGUUUUAUGGUGUGUGUGGUGAUGGUGACCCGCUCAUCAUGGUCUUCGAGUACAUGAAGCAUGGCGACCUGAACAAGUUCCUGAGGGCACAUGGCCCAGAUGCUAUGAUCCUCGUGGAUGGGCAGCCUCGACAAGCCAAAGGGGAGCUAGGGCUAUCCCAGAUGCUCCACAUCGCUAGCCAGAUCGCCUCUGGAAUGGUGUACCUUGCCUCCCAGCACUUUGUCCAUAGAGACCUGGCCACCAGGAACUGCUUGGUCGGAGCCAACCUGCUGGUGAAGAUUGGAGACUUUGGGAUGUCAAGAGAUGUCUACAGCACUGAUUACUACAGGGAAGGGCCGCGUCCGAAGGGCCAGUUCAGCGCAGCGUGGCAGCGACAGAGACUGGCACCGCCGGCAGCUGCAACAGUUGGAGGACACACCAUGCUGCCUAUCCGCUGGAUGCCUCCAGAGAGCAUCAUGUACAGGAAGUUCACAACAGAGAGUGACGUCUGGAGCUUUGGGGUGAUCCUCUGGGAGAUCUUCACAUAUGGGAAGCAGCCCUGGUUUCAGCUCUCAAACACAGAGGUCAUUGAGUGCAUUACCCAAGGCCGAGUUUUGGAAAGGCCAAGAGUCUGCCCCAAGGAGGUUUACGACAUCAUGUUGGGCUGCUGGCAGAGAGAACCUCAGCAACGGCUCAACAUCAAGGAGAUCUACAAGAUCCUUCAUGCUCUGGGCAAGGCCACACCAAUCUACCUGGACAUCCUUGGCUAGCAGAGGCCACUUGUUGAAAGUCCACACUCCUUCCUUCCGUCCUUCCUUCCCUCUCCCCCUCCCAAGUCCUUUACCCCUCAGCUCCCAAGCAAACAUCUUCAUAUAAACUCAAGUGCCUGCUACACAUACACCACUGAAAAAAACAAAACAAAAAGCAUACCAACAAAAAUCCCACAAAACAACAACCUGUAAGGCAGUUUGGCUUAUAUAUAUUUAUAGAUAUCUCUCUAUAUAUAACUUCCACACCAAUACAGAAAGAAGCUGCUGUUACAGAAAAUUAUAAGACUUUAAAAAAAAAGAAACAAAAAAGGGAGAAAAAAGUACUUACGAAGAUAUAUAUAAUUAAAAAAAAAAAAGAGAGAAAGAAAGGAGAAGGUAUCUUUCCCCCAAGCAAUGAAGCAGUGAAUUGUAACCCUGCUGUGAGUACGGUUCGGGCUGCUGGGCAGGGCUCUAGAUUGGCUACGGCAGCGACACCAUCCCGGGUAGAAGCCCUGGGAGGAAAGCCUUGCCCUGGUUGUAUGAUAUGCACUGAAUGUGUGAAAUCAGUCCUCCCUUUUUGUCCUUGCCUCCCUCCCUCCUUCCCAGCCCACAGAUGAUGGGCACAAAGCCAGGGCAGUGCCCCUGGAUGAACUCUCUUUUACCAACCCCUUCCCUCCCUCCCUCUCAGUCCUUCCCCAUCCCUCUCUGCCUUCCUGCCUUUUUCCUCCCUCCAACAUUUCAGGACAAUUUUUCUAAUUUGCUGAUUCUUAAAUGUAUAGACUCAAGGCUUUCGAACACACAGUCAAAGGAUUGUGGCACCUACGGGUAAAACACACACCGGGAACCAGCUGCCCUCCCGCAGACCGCGAGCCGGCCUGACCCAGACCUCCCUCCUGCCCCAUGCCAGCUGCUGCCAGGGCUGGGAGAGCAGCGGGACCAAAGUGGCUGUGCGAGGAAGUCGAGUGGGGGGGUCCUGGAGACCCAGUCCUGAAUCAUCCCCAACCCAUUUCAGUGUGCGAGACAGGAGUGCCGUUCACCCAGGGCGCAGGAGCCAACUUUGGGAGGAACAACCCCCCCAUCCCAACCCCUCCUUUUUCUCCCCACCCUGCACUUUUGCUAGCAGCCAUGGGGUUGUUCCCCCUCCCUCAGCUGUCUGCACCAGGGCCAAAUUGGUCUCUGAUGUAAACCUUCAGUGGACAGGGUUGGAUCCCUGCUCCCCUCAUGGGGGAAAGACUGCAGCAUGCAGACAGCUGGGAUCGUGCCUGCAUCCCCCGGCUGGGCAUGCCUCUGGGGUCAGCAUAUCCCAGCACUCUUUCUCCCCACCCUCUUCCCUUCCCCAUCCCUGCCCAUGCCUCAGUCCAAGCCUCGGCACGAGUCAGCGGGGGACAGGGAGGGGGACAAGGCUUGUGAGAUGGCUGGGAACCUACCAACACCUGCCUGCAGCCCCCUUGCCAUUCUCCUCACGUCCCCAUCCCCUGAAAGGAUUGAUGCAUCUGCCUUUGAGCUGUUGUGAAAUGCAGAGGCUGAAGAAUAGCUCCACAGGCAGCCCCGGGAGUGGGGGGAAAGGAGGGGAAGGUGCCUUCAGGAGCAGACGGCUCAGCGGAUGGCCACAGCGGCCAGCCUUGCAUCUCAAUGAGGAUAAAGGCCUGACAGGCAGCGACAGGGGGUGGUGGGGACAGUGAGGGAGAGACAGAAGCAUCCUCCCUAUAGCCCAUCUCCCUCGAGCAGGAAAUAAUCCCGACCUGGGGAAAGGCUGAGUCAGACGCUGAAUCCGGUCGGUCCAGACUGGGCUGAGACUACAAAACAUUUCUGGGUCUUUUUUCAUGUGGCUAAUGGAGGAUGAGGGGAAACUCAGCUUGGCAGCUGCUCUCAGGAGGCAGGGAGCGGGCAGCACAGGCAUUGUCAAGGCAAUUUUGAGAAGGCAACAACCACUGGCACAAAAACAGCCUGCUCAAAUGUGGCGCUUGCCUGGAAUGGAAUGCAGAUGGAGGAAGAGGAGAAGGAAUCUUGGCUCCUUCUCCAUGGCCAGAGUAGUGUUCACGGCCAGGAUGCAAGAAGAGAUAGGUGACUCUGGUUAUGGCUGGUUACUGAAAGGGAAAAUUUUGCAUCCUCUCCCUUGUCUCUUGUCAAUCUCUACCUCCCACCCAUGAUUCUGGCACGACCUGGCUUAUGGUUUCAGACAGAGGGAGGGGACACUGCUACAAGAAGGUUUGUGGCGGCAGCAGUGGCUGUGGGUUUAUUCUGUGCUCGUGUAGAGAGCAGUGCAAGCCUGGUGUGCGAGAUGAUGGGUGGCAGUAACCAUGUGGGAGUAAGGAUGUAACCUUCCUCUGCAUGUUAGAGAGAUCCGGGCUAGUGGGACAGACUUGUGCCAAUGGAGGCUGAACAGACUGCCGCUGAACAGGCACCAGCAGCUCACAGCAUGGACACCAAAGAUGGCAUGGUCAGGCACAAGGGUGUGGACCAGUGCCAGGAGUCCACACGCAGGAACCAUGCCACCCCUCAAUAGCAGGAUCUUGCUCCUUUGGGAGAGGACAUCCAGUUUUCCUCACCUGUCUACUUAGCCACCUUUGAAAGUGAAAAAGAUUGGUUGAAGGGUUGCUAGCCCUGGCCUGGCUGCCUUUGUAUGCAGGAUGCUUUGGUGAAAAGGGCUGGAGAUUCUGUACAAGGGGAGAACAAGCAAUGGCUGUUAAUUGCCCAGUGUCUCCAAAAGAAAACCCUUCCCUGGGGCUGCUUGUCUCUUACCCCAAAUGGCUUCUUGCUCUUGUGGCUCCCAGGCACUGUGCCAGAUUGUGCAAGGCCACCAUUUUGUCCACACACCCCCCCCCCCCGCUCUCAUUUCUUUUUUGGCCAACGUCAUGGGCCUUUACACUAUCAAAUCACCUACAGACACUGUUCCCAUAGUCUGUGAGAUUCCCCUGUCACCAUUCUGCACAGCAGCUACAUCCUCCUUUUCUUCCUUCUUUCCUCCUUCCCAGCAUCACCACCCUGUCCCUUGUGCCACCUCUUUUUACGGUCAUGACAGCGAGGCAAGGUUAGGAGUCGAGCAUGACACUGAGCCUUGCUGCUGCAUGGUUAGGAAUAAGUAGUCUAUGAGAGGCAAGGAGAUGGGUCCCCAGAAGACGUGAAGUGGCUGAGACCAAGGUUCAGGCUGUCUGACUGCUUUACUGUUAGCCCCACCAUGUGCAGUGACUGCCUCAGAAAAAGGUCCUUUUGUCAAAGAAGUUAAUUGUGAACAAUUGCUCAGAAGAACAGGAUAAGCUGCAGUUCUGCGAUGUGACGCCUCUCCUGCUGCUGCUGCCGCCUUAUGUCUCUUGGCCUGUUGGUGCUGGACAGAGGUUUGUUGGGAUGGAGGAGGAGGUUGUUUUGUGUUCGAAGACAUGAUGGAAACUGCUGCAUCCCUUUUUGGCAUGACAGUUUUGGAGGGGAAGAGGGAAAGCAGCUGUGCUGAGUUCCUGGAGAACACCCUGAGACCUCAUUUCCAGAAGCACCUUCCCUGGACCAGAAGCGGAGCUGCCCAUCAGCACGGGUGACGGUGCUCUUCCCUGUAGGAAGAUGGGCUCUGGAGUGGCCCCACUGCGUGUGAGGGGAAGAAGAAGAGCAGAUCUGGGGGGAAACUCUCACAGAGUGCCAUAAAUCUCAGUGUGGGGACUGUUUGGAGGCAAAGAGAAAUAAUGAGUUCAUGCUCCUUCUCCAUUUCCAGGAGAGAUACUUCUCAUUGCCCUGCCUCUAUUAAGAGCAGAGAGCUAUCCCUGCUGCCUGGGAACACUGACAGGUCUCACCCAGCUCUGGGGCAGGCCAGGCCUAAUUCCCAGCAUGUCAAGGCAGAUGUUCCCACCACCUAGCUUCUUCCAUCUGCAGUUUUCUCAAGGGGCUUGCGAAAGGGAGCUGGGAGGAACAGUGGUCUGAGCACUGCUGAGAAGUGGCUAUGGGGUUUCCCUGUCCCAGCUGCCUCCUGCUCCCUAAAAAUUAAAAUUGUUAUCACCAACUCAGUCACCCAAGGGUGUCACUGAAAUGAUGCUUUCUUGGAGCUGAAGGUGCUAUUUUGGUGCAUGGUACAGAUGGCAAUUGUAUGCCAGGGCUGCAAAUUGUGGGCAGUAAAUGUGGCUCCAGCCUUAGGGUCUCAUCAGUGACCUGUCUUGUCUUCUCCAGCCGUUACUUUUCCUUCCACCCCAGGCUGUCAGACUGCAAGAUGAAAGCUGAAAUGUAGCAAAGGGAAGACACGCAAUGAUCUGCCAGACUGAAAGGCCAUCCUGUCUCCCACAAAGCUUGCCCAUAUGGUCUUUUUAAAUGUCCCUCAGUGCAUGUAUUUUGGGGGUGAAAAAGAGCCUGGGCUGCCUCAUUUCAGGCCUGUCCUUGUGUCCACAGGGUGUUGAAUUGCAGACAGGUGACUCUGGGAACAUGUGCCACACAGACAAAUGUGAAAAAUCUGGAAUGCCUUUAGAGAGGCUGCUUGCUUGAGAGACAUUGUUAGCUUUGAGCUGUCUGCUUGUCCCCAGGAGUGGGUGGAACAAGGUGAGAAAAUAUGUGGGGAAAUAAAAAAAGCCAGGGAAAGGGAAAGGCUGGUUUUAGAAGGCAAGUGAGUAUCUUGGGUUGGAAAAUCGAGACUGGUUUCGGGAGUGUGGUGUAGAAUUUUAAGUAGCACAGUGGAUGCGAGCAAAACCAAAAGAAAAUAGCAACAUACUGGAGCUCCAGGAAAAGUUAGCUAUAACACUGGGCAAAUACUAGUUUAAAAAGGAGACAGAAGCCAAUAAAAGCAAGGGAACAUUUAUGCAGGCAGAAGACAAAAUCACUAGGGCUUGUGCUUUUUUGUGAGAUGUUUUUUUUUCUAUAAGAAAAUACAACUAAAAGAAGGCCUGAAAAAGUUGUUUUUUCAGGGCCACAGACAGAAGUAUAAUACUACAUGAGCUGUUUCCUUUCAUGUGAAAGGCUUGUAUUUCCCAGAACUCAAAUGCAUGAGUUUCCUUGAGUUCAGGAUAUGGGUUGAAGAAUGCAGAUCUGGGUCACCACAAGCCCACAAAACCAGAGUAGUUCUGAAUGCUUGAUCAGCAGGCAUUCAUGUGCCAGUCUGGGUGGAGACAGUAUUUUGUUCAGCAUGUCAUCUUCAGAAGUUUUUUUAAAUCUUUCUCAUUUUCCUACCCCCCCCCCCCCCCCGGGAGUAUCCACAUCUUUUGUCCAACUGUGACUCCCAAUGGUUAAUGAAAAGGCAAUGCAAGUAGCUGAAUUUUUGGUGCAUCAUAUGUCCAUCUUUGCUUCCUGAUCUGGCCAGGAAUCAGCUGAACCACCACAGCCAUGGCUCGUACCCAAUAUUUUCGUAACAGCUGUAGGUAUGUUCUCUGGUUGUAAGGCAAUGGUGAGGAUAAGCAAGCUGAAUAAAUGGGAUCCUGGUUAUGACACCAUGCUGUAGUGGCUCCUCUGAUAGCUGGAAGGCUAUGGGCAUCAACAGGGCUUCUCUGCUAUGAGAGUCAGCAGGCACAGGCAUGCUUUGGCACAAUCCAAAAGGCUUAUUCUCCAUUCAGAUGCAGUGGCUUUCUGACAGAUGGUAAGGACGUGGAGCCUUGGCAUAACAGUGCUGUCUCCACAAAAGUACCAAAAGUACAAAAAGAGAAAAUUCUCCUCUCAGCACUGCUUUCCAGGAGUGGACAAACUUGCUUAACUCUAAGGUGUCUUUCCUGCACCCACCCCGAGACAUCUCUUAUAUCAGUAUGCAUUUAAUGUUUCUUUAAAUAGCUGCUAAGCCUAAAAAAUCUUUUCCCUUUGCUGCUUUCCUUGCAAGCAGGGAUAUUGAGUUUCAAGCCUGCAGAAAGUAGGUGUUUUCAAAACAUCCGUUCUGGCUGGCAGUGUCAUAAAUGACACAGGCAGAGACGUCAAUCACUGCUCCAAGAGGGAUGCAGGAGCAUUCCAUCUCUCCUGUGCCUCUUAUUCCUUUCCAGUACACUACUGAGCCAUGAAACGGCUCCCUGAGAGAAGUGAUAGGAGUCCCAUUGCUUACAACUUUGAGAAACUGAACUGAGGAAAGAGAUAAGAGACCAAAGAGAAAGAAGGACAAAAUCUUACAGCCUUCUUCAGGGGCUGAGCUAAGUGAGCUGAUAGGCUGGUUUCAUCUCAAUGGCUUGAGUUUCUCACAGACCCCAUCUGACAGGUCUUUUCAGACUAAAGGAAUGAUCACUGGUUCCUCCUCCCUUCUGCUAGUCCUACAAUUUUAGCAUCUCUCCAAGGAUAAAGGAGGCACAACAAAUCUAACCACUGUUUCCUCACACUGUCAGGAGUCCUCUAUAGGAACUGAUAUUCUGCCCAGCCCAAGCGACUGAUCCUACAGCUGAAAACUUAAGCAGUUGUUCUGAGGGCGUGUUUAACUGCCAAACUACUGGCUGCUUAGGACAAGGUCCCAGCAGGGAAGGACUGAGAUACCUCUAAAGAAAAUCAUAGCUCAUGUCUUCUUGCAUGCUUUCUCUCACUCUCUGCUGGUUUCCAACCUCCCCAAUCUUUGUUGCUUGAUACUUAGCUGAGUUUCUGCAUUCACUCCCUUUUCAGAGCACAGAGAGCUGGUGAAGCUGUUUGAUUUCAAUGUAGUAGGUGAGAUAAGAUUUCUCCCCCCUGCCCUCUUCUUUUUCUCCCUGCGCGGCUCCUGUCCUUGCAGUUCUCAGGACUUGCCUAGCAGAGUUUUUAAAUGAAGUGAAAGUCUUAAUGUGAGGUGAAUCCCAAGACCACAAACAGUUUGGACUUCAAACAGUGAGAAAAUUGGCGCCGAAUGAUUCCGCACACAAAGCAGAAAACUUUCAUUUCCUGCAGGCAGGAUGGAAUUGACUGUUAUAUUAAGACUUCAGAAGGAGCACUGCCCCAGAGUAAUUUCACUGCUGUCAGGCAGUGUUGACAUCUAGAUUAACCUCUGUGCAGUGAAUUUUACAACAAAGCUCAUUGUAAUGCAUGUGGGGUAUCUCCUGUAAAUCCCAGCUGAAGCCCAUAGUGUCCCACCCUUCUGCACAGGAGAAAGGGUCAGGGAGCAGCCACUAUCAUUUUUGACCCCAGCAGAGCGUGACUCUAACCUCAUCCAGGCCAGUUCUGCUGAAACUGAUUUUCUACCAUGCUAAAGUGACAGGAGCUCCAGCCUGUAUUUUUUUUUUUUAAUUCCCCAAAGAGGUUUACAUCACAAGGCUGACAUUUUUUGCCAGUGACAAACAGCUCCCUUCACGUAUCCACUCAGCAACACAGUCCUAAUUAAAAGGCACUAGUUAACCAGUGGCAAUUAGCUGCUUGCACUGAUUAACUCCAACAUAUACAAUCCCCACACACAAUACUCUGAUCAGACAUGAUCCAGGACUAAAUGGCAGACAAACUCCCAGCCGACAUGAGGCGACGGCAUCCAAUCUUACCCACCAGCCCACAGGCACACUAUUUAACUCUGUCUACCAAACCAAAAAUGCAUGAAUUAAAGAAGUUCACAUAGUUCAUUCAGUGCAAGUCAGAGGACAUUGCAAAAGAAUUCUAUUGACUCCUGAACUGAAUGCUCCCACUGUUAAGUUGGAAGCAUAGGCCAGACCCCAAGCCCUUUUGUCUUUUGCUGUAAGAGCAGGUCGAGCAGCAAGAUUUCCCAGGCAGGAGCACAACAGCCUCUUCACUCUUGUGUGGGUAGAGACAAUCCUGUCUGUCGUUCUCAAGAUGCAUCUCUGAGAGCACUUCUUUGUGAAAAAAACACUAGCAUCUAAAAAAAACGGAAGAGGAAGGGAAGGGGUUUUUUUGUGUGUUUUUGCCACAUCUUCUUAUUCAUACACUUAUUUUCAUACUUAGACAUUGCUCUGCAGUCAUCUGCAGGAGGUUCUGGGCAAGAAACAAGCUAUCAGGUGCCGAACAGAUUAGCCACUAACCCUAAGGGCAAAUUCUCAAUAGCACUUCUAGAAACCUCUUUCAGGGCUCACUCAUCCUCUCAACUACAGUUCUUCAUAGUAGGCUUACCGUUAUAUUUGUCAAAGACUUUGGAUAGCCUAUGAUGAGGGGACAUGCCCAUAGUUUCCCCUCAUCUUCAGAUGGAGUUGUGUGCCCCUGGCAUUUCUGUAAUCAGGCCCAUCAGGAAGAUUGCUUCAAACUAACAUUUACUACCCCCAAUCAGAACACAGAUGAAAAGGCUGCCCAAGGUUAUAGAGAAGGUCAAGCUGUUGCUUUGGACUAGAAUUUGCUUUGGAAGAAAUUUGAUGGACCAAUUCAACCACCACAGCCCAUCAAAACCUGGUGGCUUCAUUUAAAAAGUAAUCAGUAUUGUAUUUCGCUUUAGACAUCCGUGCAUUAGUGUUCUGCAAAUAUGAUUUCCUCUUUGUUUGCAUUAUUGAUGCCAUAAAAUGUCAGACACAUUAAAGAAAAAAAAAGAGGCCAACCUUUGGGGUUUGGAAUGAUUCUGACUGAAUUGCAGUUGGGUUACUUUUCUUUUUAUUUCCCAUGGUAGCGAUGCACUGUUACUCAUUCUGCUAUUGCUUUACAAAGAGUUCUCUGUAAGUGUAUUUAUACAGCCAGCCAUAUUUCAGGAAACACAUAACCUUGACAUUUUUUGCUGUAUGUGGCAGUGUGUGUGUGUGUGUGUGUUGUGGGGGGGGGGGGGGGAGGUGGAGCUUUUUGCAAGAGCCCUCCCAUGUCUGGUAGUAUGUUGGCUUUGUGCAAUGGUGUGUGACUCCCUUCUGCUCAGGUGGCUGGUUUGAUUUAAUCUCAAGAACUGACUUCUGUGAUCAGGAUUUGAGGUCUUCUGGUUUUACACUGCCCAGAAUCUAUCAUCUGCUUUCACCAUUCAGCAGCUGUCUGCUAUCCACAAUGGUUCCUAGAUGUCUGUGCCACAGAGAUUACACAGAACUUGAGUCUCAGGCAUGUGAUGAUAGAGGAGUUUUGGCUCAUUCUGGUCCUGGACCAAUGGUGAGUUUGCUGAUUUAGUUUGGUUCCUACACUCCUCCCCACCCAAGGCUCAUUGACUACUGUUCCCAAGGCAAAUACUAUUAGCUGCUCAGUGCUUUUUCUCCCAGACCAUUAAAGAGUACUGGCCUUGGCAGCCUUAUGCUUUCUGCCUCACCUUUCUAUGACAAAUGCUGAUCCAUUGUUCAAUUUUUCCUGUGAACCUUUUGGAAGAAUGUAGGGAUUUUCAUCAGUGGUAAGAUUUCUUUUCAGCUUUUCCUUCCAGUGACAGCAGGACUUGGGAGCAGGGGGAGAGGGAUACAGUGGAGCAGUCUAAGGAGGAGACUCAACUAGGACCUAGACUACAAGGUCAUCUGUUCACCUACUAGGGCCUUGCCAGCUUCAUACAGCAAGAAACCCCCAGCUUUUCAUGAGCAGCUUCCUGCCCAGCUCUCUUGUUCCUACUCCAGUUCUGAGGAAUGGCUUUCAGAUGACCUUCAGAUCUCCUUAUCUUCACAGAUCCAUCUCGGCGAUAUCCAAACAGCCCAAAGAAGAGAUGACAGGGGCUGAAUGGGUGUGUAAUUCAGUGUCUUUCUCCCCCUUUUUCAUCAGGGGCAAAGCUAGUGAAAGUGACAGAACAGAAAAAUUGUUUUGCCCAACAGGAGUGAUCCAGUUU